GAAAAGUGUCAGGAUGGCAGCUCCGGGACCUGUUCUCUGUCUCUUCGACAUCGACGGGACCCUCACCGCUCCGCGACAGAAAAUCACCAAAGAAAUGGAUGCCUUUCUACAGAAAUUGAGGCAGAAGUUAAAAAUUGGAGUAGUAGGAGGCUCAGACUUUGAGAAGGUGCAGGAGCAGCUAGGAGAUGAUGUGCUUGAAAAAUAUGAUUACGUCUUUCCAGAAAAUGGUUUGGUAGCAUACAAAGAUGGCAAAUUUCUGUGUAAGCAGAAUAUUCAGGGUCAUUUGGGUGAAGAACUGAUCCAAGAUUUAAUCAACUAUUGUCUGAGUUACAUUGCCAAGAUUAAACUGCCCAAGAAAAGGGGCACUUUCAUUGAGUUCCGAAAUGGGAUGUUAAAUGUGUCCCCUAUUGGAAGAAGCUGCAGCCAGGAAGAACGACUUGAAUUUUAUGAACUAGAUAAAAAAGAAAACAUAAGAGAGAAAUUUGUGGCUGAUUUGCAGAAAACAUUUGAAGGAAAGGGCCUUACGUUUUCUAUAGGAGGCCAAAUAAGCCUAGAUGUAUUUCCUAAUGGAUGGGAUAAGAGGUACUGUCUGAAACUUGUUGAAAAUGAUAGCUAUAAGACAAUCUAUUUCUUUGGAGACAAAACCAUGCCAGGUGGAAAUGACUAUGAAAUCUACACAGAUUCCCGAACAGUAGGAUAUUCAGUGACCAGCCCAAAGGACACACAACGAAUCUGUGAGGAGCUUUUCUUAUAAUCUUUCAUUUCCUGACCUUAAGACUGAAUGGGAAAAAGUCAUCUUGAAACUAUAGAGAAGGUUAACAAGACUGCUACAUCACCAUUUCAAACUCAAGAAAUCUUCCCUUGCCCAUCACCAAUUCAGACACAUUCAAUGGGGCCUUGCCACAUGUGGCAAUGGUCAUUGCCCUCAGAAAAGGAGAAACAUAUCUCCACUCUUAAAUUAAAGUCAGACCCCAUUCUCUCUCUCCUUUGUAUCUGGAAAGACCAAGGAAACAGAAGAGUUCU